AUGUCCUCUAUCGAGAAAUUCAUCGCUCAACAACCACUUAUUGUCCACUCGUCGCUCGCGCAACUCCGAUAUCUCGUGCUCAGCGAGGGUCUUCCGCCUGCUGUGGACAGAAACACGGGCCGACUGCGCUGUAACGUAUGGUCAGUGCUAACACGCUGUUCUAUGGACGGAGCCACCUCUGAUUACGUAUCACUCAUGCGGAGAGGCCCGCCACCGCACUCAGUGUAUACCAAGAUCAAGAACGAUACCUUCAGAACGCUGAACACAGACACAGAAUUUGUCAAACGCGUCCCCGAAGACUCAAUCACCCGCUGUCUCUCCUGUUACGCAUGGCAAGCACUUGAUUCCGAGCAGCUCGUAGACGACAAAGACACCUUUACGCUAAGCUCGUACGUGCAAGGCAUGAAUGUGCUUGUCGCGCCUCUGCUGUACAUAUGCCCGUCCGAACCCAUGGCCUACCGAUUGUUCCGAAAUUUAUGUCACAAACAUAUCCCGACUUACUUGGACAGCAGUUUGACCGGUGUCCAUAACGGAGCGAAACUUCUUGACAUCUGUGUCAAGAUCAUUGAUCCAAAAUUGAGCAGCUUUCUCGCAGACAGCCUUUUGACCGCAGAGAUUUACGGAAUACCUUCUAUUUUGACGCUCUCGAGCUGCACGCGUCCACUGGAUCAAGUUUGUAAGCUAUGGGAUUUCAUGUUUGCGUACGGUUUCCACAUGAACAUUCUCUUCAUUGUCGCACAACUCGUCGUGAUACGAGCGCAGAUCCUGAAAAGCGAUUCGCCGAUGAACUUGUUGCGACAAUUCCCUGAAUUUGACGCAGAGGACAUCAUACGGCUUGGCGUCGGCUUUGUUGCUAAGAUUCCCUCGAAUGUUUACGAUUUAUUAGUGCAGCAUCUCACAAAUCCCGACAUUGUGAUAGCAUAA